CUGCACGCUGCUGCUCAGUUUCAUGGAACAAGAGCGAGGGUGGUUCACUGUCCAUUCACUGGAAUCCACCGUAGUUACUGCUGUACAUUUUAGCACUCGACUUUAGUUUUUUCUUUCUUUAUAUAACUCCCAACACUUGAGUCAACUAGUGAAAAAUGUCGGUUGUAGGUUUUGACGUCGGGUUUAUGAACUGCUAUGUAGCGGUAGCAAGAGCCGGAGGCAUUGAAACUGUCGCUAAUGAAUACAGCGACCGAUGUACACCAGCAUGCGUUUCAUUUGGACCCAGAAAUCGAUCAAUCGGUGCUGCUGCAAAAAGCCAGGUUGUCACAAACUGCAAGAACACAGUCCAAGGGUUCAAGAGGUUUCACGGCAGAGCGUUUUCAGAUCCCUAUGUGCAGUCCCUCAAAAGCAGCCUGGUUUAUGAUAUUGCACAAAUGCCUUCAGGAACAACAGGCAUCAAGGUGAUGUACAUGGAGGAGGAGAAGGUGUUCAGCAUUGAGCAGGUCACUGCGAUGCUGCUGACCAAGCUGAAGGAGACAGCAGAGAGUGCUCUGAAGAAGCCUGUAGCUGACUGUGUCGUGUCUGUUCCCUGCUACUACACGGAUGCUGAGAGGAGAUCAGUGAUAGAUGCGGCUCAGGUUGCUGGACUCAACUGCUUGAGGCUGAUGAAUGAAACAACUGCAGUUGCUUUGGCAUAUGGGAUCUAUAAACAGGACCUCCCUGCUCCGGAGGAGAAGCCCAGAAACGUGGUGUUUGUGGAUCUCGGCCACUCUGGUUAUCAGACAUCAGUGUGUGCCUUCAAUAAGGGCAAACUGAAGGUUCUUGCCACAGCGUGCGACCCCCAGCUGGGAGGUAAAGAUUUCGACGAGGUACUGGUCAAAUACUUUGUAGAAGAAUUUGGCAAGAAGUACAAACUUGAUGUCAAGUCCAAGCCCAGAGCUCUGGUCAGGCUCUACCAGGAGUGUGAAAAACUGAAGAAGCUCAUGAGCGCCAACUCCUCUGACCUGCCGCUGAACAUCGAGUGCUUCAUGAAUGACAUCGACGUCUCUGGACACAUGAACAGGGGUCACUUUGAAGAGAUGUGUGCUGAUCUCUUGGCUCGAGUUGAGCCUCCUCUUCUUAGCCUGUUGGAACAUGCCAAACUGAAAAAGGAUGACAUCUAUGCAGUUGAGAUAGUAGGCGGCGCCUCCAGAAUCCAAGCUGUUAAAGAGAGAAUCAGCAAAUUAUUCGGGAAGGAGCUGAGCACCACGCUGAAUGCUGAUGAAGCAGUGGCAAGAGGAUGUGCCUUGCAGUGUGCAAUACUUUCCCCUGCCUUCAAAGUCCGGGAGUUCUCCAUCACAGAUGUGGUUCCGUAUCCAGUCUCUCUGAAGUGGCACUCUGCUGCAGAGGAAGGUUUAAGUGAUUGUGAGGUAUUUCCUAAGAACCACGCAGCACCUUUCUCCAAAGUGCUGACCUUCUACCGGAGGGAGCCUUUCUCUUUGGAGGCGUACUACGCUUGUCCCAAUGAGCUGCCUUAUCCUGAUCCCAUCAUUGGUCAGUUUCUGAUCCAGAAGGUUGUCCCACAGACAUCUGGAGAAAGCUCAAAGGUGAAAGUGAAGGUGCGGGUGAACAUUCAUGGCAUCUUCAGUGUGUCCAGCGCCUCUUUGGUCGAAGUGCAAAAGUGUGAUGAGGGAGAGGAACCCAUGGAAACUGAACAAGUCUCUGACAAGGAUGGAGAGAACAAGAUGCAGACUGAUCAGGGUGGGCAGGAGGCUCAAGGGGAAGCUCAGAAGGAAACGGAGGAGAAGACGCCUCAAGAGAAUGAAGAGAUGGAAACGAGCACGGAGGAGGGCAAGAGUGAGAAAAAGUCCGACCAGCCCCCUCAAGCCAAAAAGGCUAAAGUCAAGACAAAAGUGCUGGAGCUUCCCAUUGAAAACAGCCCUCAGUGGCAGCUAGCAAACGACAUGCUCAAUCUUUUUGUAGAAAACGAGGGUAAGAUGAUCAUGCAGGACAAGCUGGAGAAGGAGAGGAACGAUGCCAAGAAUAAUGUAGAGGAGUAUGUGUACGAUAUGAGGGACAAACUGCACGGGAUGCUGGAGAAGUUUGUCAGUGAAUCUGACCGAGAUGCUCUGUCGCUAAAGCUGGAGGACACUGAAAACUGGCUGUAUGAAGAGGGAGAGGACCAACCGAAACAGGUUUACAUUGACAAACUGGCAGACUUGAAGAAACUUGGGCAGCCCAUCCUGGAGCGGUACAUGGAGGCAGAAGACAGACCCAAAGCUUUCGAUGAGAUGGGAAAACAAAUUCAGCAGUACAUGAAAUUUGUUGAAGCCUACAAAAUGAAGGAUGAGCAGUACGACCAUUUGGAGGAAGCAGAUGUAACCAAAGUGGACAAGCUCACCACCGAAACAAUGAUGUGGAUGAACAGUGCCAUGAACCAGCAAAGCAAGCAGAGCCUGACCGCAGAUCCAGCGGUUAAAGUCAAAGACAUAAGAGCAAAAACAAAGGAGCUGUUCUCUGCCUGCAACCCUGUUGUGACCAAGCCCAAGCCAAAGGUGGAGCUCCCCAAGGAGGAGGUGGCUGCGGAGCAGAACGGUCCUGUCAACGGACAGGAGAAGUCCCCCGAGGAACCUGUGGACAAAGGAACAACUGAGAGCACAGGCAAUCCAACCUCAGAAUCUACAGAGAACAAGCCUGACAUGGACCUUGAUUAAACCGCUUCCUGAAGCAAAGCAACAGGAGCUAAUGGAGUCGGACUGAGAUGCAGCCUGGCUCCACAUCAGAGCUGGAGGAGUGUUAUAGGAACUGCACACGACAGUCAAAAGCAGGCAGACUGUUGAGCUCACUGAGGUCAGCUCAUGGUGGCACAUCUGCCUAAUAUAGCAUGCCCUCUGUCUUUCUGGAUGACUUAAAUCUAAAACCAGCUGCAAAUACUCUGUUUGACAACGAACGCUGUACACAUGAUGGUAUUUAUUUCUGUUGUGUGCUCUGUAUCUGUUCUGGUCUGUGUCACAAUAUGGUUUUAAUAAAGUGAUUGAAAACCUCUCA